UGGGGGGUGGAUCUGGGCCCCAAGGAGGCUGUGGCUGGUUAUUACACAGAAGCACAGCUGGUGACUGGAUCCGCGCAGCUGGGAACGUCUGGGUCUGGUUCACACUCAGCCAGAGCGAGACUCCUGGGUAUAACUGAUGCAGAAAAUCAGAUGUGGGACGUGAGGAGGGCCGAGUCCCAGGUCACCGUUGAGCCCCUGGGACGUGUCCCGCCACGUGUGGGUCCUUGGCUUCGUGCAGGAAAGAAUUCAAGUGCGAGCCACCGCUGAGUAAAGUAGAGUUGUUAAGAGAGCUAUGCACUGCAUGGAGUGUAAGGCAAGAGAAAGGCAAGGAAAGAGGUGUGGGAAUCGGGUGCUCAGGUUAAAGUAAAAGUAGGCACACACUCCCUAGACAGAGUGCGGCCCGUCUCCAAAGGGGAGAGAGAGCGCAAAGGGCCACUAGGCUGGGUGGUGUCACUUUUCGUGGUCUCAGUAGCUUCACAAGCCUACAGGUGGGAUCAAUCCAACUGCCCUGGGGAAGAGGCUGGGACUCCCAGGGGUUGGGCCACUGCCCAUUGCUUGGCCUUUUGCAGUCAGCCUUGGGGCUGUCAUGGCGCCUGCGGGCAUGUUGUUUGAUCAUGCUGUUACAAUGAGCACAUAAUGAAGAUCAAAGUCAAGUAGAAGUGAAACCUCCUAAUCCUCAAGGCCAACUAGAAGGUGAAUCUUCCACCAUUUUUGUUGCUGUCAUUCCUUGAGUGGUUGUGCCCUGCCCUAUUCUCUCCUGUCUCAUAAUGGAAAAGAAUCUGAAAAUAUGGACAUAUAUGUAUGUGUAUGUAUAACAGAACCGCUUUGCUGUACUCCUGAAAUGAAUAUUGUAAAUCGACUACACAUCAAUUUAACAGAAGCAAGUUGUAAAAACGAGUUUCCUAACCCCCCUCCCCCACCAUGCUGUAUGAAUGCAUUUCAUUUUUUUCUCAUAUGUACUAUAAAUAUUUAAUUAUAACUCGAAUCUAUUUAUUGAUCAUAUACGAACCUCUGCUCAAGGAGCUCCAGGGGAACUGGGAUACAGACACAUGAAAACUAACACCCAGCAUAACUGUGGGAGUAGCUCAGAGAUGCAGAAAGCAGAUGAAGCCACUCCUCCUUCGAGCCUGACGCAGACUGGUGAGCUGAAGUGACGACGCUGACACCCCGCUGCUGGCAGCAUGACGUCAAUAGGCCUCCUUUACUGCCUAGCUCUGCUGCCAGCCCAACCACUCUGCCAGGGUGAGCGGACCCCUGAAUGGAACCCCAGUCUGGCCUUUGCCGCCUGCCACCUGUGUGACCUGGAGCACCUUCCCUGACCUCCCCUGUAAAAUGAGAAUGAUAAGGAGUGGUUUUUUGAGGCUGUCAUUGAGUGCCUCUGGGACAUAUUGAACAGAGAGGAACUCCUGCACCUGCUGACUGCAGUCCUAGAUAGAAUUGACGAUGAGGAAAAUUUAUCAAGGAUGAAUCUUGUUGUGCCUAUUUUACGGAGAACUCCAAAGUUCCUUUCUGAAUCCCUUGACCUUCACGGUUACAGGGGAGAGUCAGCUGCACUACGCGAAUGCCUGGAUGACCUGAAGACACUCUUGGCCCUCAAGGUCAAAUACAGCCUGCUAAAGGAGCAGCUGAAUAGGAAGAGGUUUUUAAAGAAGUUUCCUCAUAUGAAACGGGAACUUGAGGAAAGCAUAGGAAAGCUCCGUGCACUUGCAGACAAGGUGGACAAGGUUCACAGGGACUGCACUAUCUCCCAGGUGGCAGCUGCCUCUGCUGGUGUUGCGUCUGGCAUCCUGACCAUCCUUGGCCUGGCUCUGGCACCUGUGACAGUGGGGGUCAGUCUGGCACUCUCGGCAACUGGGUUAGGGCUGGGGGCUGCAUCUGCCGUGACCAGUGUGGCCACGAGUGUCGUGGAACGUGUUGUCAUGUCAUCAGCAGAAACUGAAGCCAAUGACCUAAUGUUAACUGCCAUCAACAGAUGGAAAAUGGUCAAGGAGGUUCUACUGCAGAGUGGGCACAAAAUUGUUUCUGCAGCACAGAAACUCGUAGAAGCCGUGCAACAGAUUGAAAUGAAUAUCCGUGCCAUCGAGGUGCUCAGAGCCAACCCUGGCUUAGCAGCAGAUGUACAGCUCUUCCUGACCACUGGGAAAAUCUCAGUCCAAAGCAGCAGGGAGGUGCAGGAAGUUCUUAAAGGCACAGCUCUGGCGAUGAGCACAGGAGCCCGGGCCUUUGGUAUGGCCACUGCAGGUUUCUCCCUUCUCCUGAAUGUGGGCUUCCUCGUGAAAGACUCACUGCACUUGCAUGAGGGGGCAAAGGCGGAGUCGGCUGAGCGGCUAAGGCAGCGGGCCCGGCGGCUGGAGAGCAGGUUGGAGGAGCUCACCCGGACCUACAAGAAUCUGCUGUAGGGUCCAAGUCUCCCUCAGUCCCCCGACCCAGAGCAGUGCAGGGAGCAGAGGCAUGUGAGUGGCUAAGAUGCAGAGGUAGCUUUCAAGAGGGGGAAAGGGGACAAAUAAAACUUAUGGACUUAGGUGUGAAGGAAUGUGGCAUUUCUUGGUCUGAGUACAGCCGGGCAGCGGUUCAUGCAUGUGGUCAAAGAAAAGAAAGGGGCCUAAAGCCUGGAAUAAGGGCGGAGGGGGAACGAGAGAGUAAGGGGCAGAGAGAAACCAUGUAUCGUGGACAAAGAAGACCUUGGGGGCCUGAAUAAAGAGAGAGGAUGGAGGAUCAAGGAACAAGAAGGCUGCAAACAGAAAAGAAUAGCAAAUGGAGAAAUCAAAGAGUUGGGACUGUUGGAUGGUGGGAGAGGGGGCAGUGGCUCCUCUAUCGCCCCUCCCCGGGGUCUGAUGUCCCUACCAGAAGAGAGUCUUCCUGGUGGGGGUCCCCAGCCCUCCUUUUCCAGUAUCAGUUUAGCUUUGACUUCCAGCAGGUUUAUCUGAAUUAGACAGUGAUGUCUUCAGUAUGAUGAUGAUGAUGGUGGUGACGACACCCCAGGGAGUGGAAUAUUUGUCAAGUUGCCAGGUGCCCUGUGGGACCAGGGUGCACUGAGAGACCAAUGAAGUUCCUGUGAAACAUCAAAUGCUGUGUUGGAAUAGAGGUUGAUAUGAAAAACAAAAUAAAAGAAAGAAAAAUGAAUCCAGAUGCCAGCAACAGGACAAGGAAUAUUGUGAUGUGUCCAGGAGAUGAACUAGCUUGGGACCAAGAGAUUCAGCCUCACUGAGCUUCAGCUUCUUCAUCAGUUGAGGGUGGUGUGGGACCAGAUAUUUCAGAUCCCCCUGGCUCUCCCCACCUUGUGUUCUAUAACCCUUGGUUCAAUACAUAUGCACUGAUUCACUCAA